AUUCAUCGCGGGCUUUCACAAAAUCAUAAUUGCUGCUUUUGCUUUUUUGGGCAUUCAUAAUUCAUAAAUCUAGGGUUUAUUGCUCCAUUAACACUGCAAAGAUUCGUGCUUUAUUACUCAUAUCACUGUUUACAGCAAUUCCCCAUUUAGGUUAUUCGCAUAUAUACUUGAAUUGAGUAAUAUUUGUGUUUUUAUUUUUCCUAUUCUUAGCUGUAGUUUGAAGUGUGCUUCUUUCCAUGCCUGAAUGUUUAUUUUUAAUUUAGUUAUUUGGUGAUAUUUUGGUGGGGUUUUGAAUGAGGGGCAUGAUUUUGCUAUGUGGUGAGAAAUGAGGGCUGGAGUGACUGAGAGAUGGGGUGUGCUUUUGGGAAAGAUGUUUCUGAUUCUGGCUCACCCGGUGGGAACGGUGUUGUGGAUAGGAGGAGAGAGAAGGGAAGGGAGAGAGAGUUGGCAGUGACAGCUGAGAGUGGGGAGAGAAGAGUAGAGAGUUCAGUAAGUAAAGCAAAUGGUGGUGAGGUUCAGAAUGGUGGGGUUAAGAAGGAGGAUUUGAAGGAUGGGAUUGUGAGGCAAUCGAGAAGCGAAAAGAGGAGGGUGAAGCCGAAUCCUAGGUUAAGUAACCCGCGGAAUAAUGUUCAUGGUGAGCAAGUGGCUGCUGGAUGGCCUUCUUGGCUCGUGGCAGUUGCUGGCGAGGCUCUCAACGGUUGGAUCCCCCGCCGGGCUGAUACAUUCGAGAAGCUCGAUAAGAUUGGACAAGGUACAUAUAGUAAUGUGUAUAAAGCUAGAGAUGCUCUAACCGGAAGCAUUGUUGCGUUGAAGAAGGUUAGAUUCGAUAAUUUAGAGCCAGAGAGCAUAAGGUUUAUGGCUAGGGAGAUUUUAAUCCUGCGCCGUUUGGAUCAUCCAAACGUCAUCAAAUUGCAAGGUUUGGUAACCUCGAGGAUGUCAUGUAGUUUGUACCUAGUGUUUGAUUAUAUGCCACAUGAUUUGGCUGGCCUUUCAUCGAGUCCCAACAUCAAGUUUACAGAGCCUCAGGUGAAAUGCUUUGUGCACCAGCUAUUGUCUGGCCUUGAACACUGCCACAGCCGCUAUGUUUUGCACCGUGAUAUUAAAGGUUCCAACCUUCUAAUUGACGACGAAGGAGUUUUGAAGAUUGCUGAUUUUGGGUUAGCUUCCUCCUUCGACCCCAGCAACAAGCAGCCUAUGACAAGCCGUGUGGUUACUCUGUGGUAUAGAGCGCCUGAGCUGCUUCUUGGUGCCACUGACUAUGGCGAGGGCAUUGACUUGUGGAGCGCUGGGUGCAUCUUAGCUGAGUUAUUUGCUGGGAAGCCCAUUAUGACGGGGAGGACAGAGGUGGAACAACUACACAGGAUUUUUAAGUUAUGUGGUUCUCCGUCUGAUGAGUAUUGGAAAAAGUCGAAGCUACCGCAUGCAACCAUAUUCAAGCCACAAGCAGCAUACAAAAGGCGUAUAGCAGAGGCAUUUAAGGAUUUCCCACAGUCAUCACUGCCUUUGAUUGAGACACUACUUGCUAUUGAUCCAGCUGAGCGUCAAACUGCCACAGCUUCUUUAAGGAGCGACUUCUUCACUACAAAACCUUAUGCAUGUGAUCCUUCAAGCCUUCCCAAGUACCCACCAAGUAAAGAGAUGGAUGCUAAGCGUCGGGAUGAAGAAGCUAGAAGGUUAAGAGCUGGCGGUAAGACAAAUGCUAAUGGUGUGAAGAAACCACGGACACGUGAACGAGCAAUGCGGAAAAUGCAUGCCCCUGAAGCCAAUGCCGAGCUGCAAGCCAACCUUGAUAGGCGGCGUCUGAUCAACCACGCAAACGCAAAGAGCAAAAGCGAGAAAUUCCCCCCUCCUCAUCAAGAUGGAGGACUCGGCUACACUUUGGGGUCGUCACAUCUAAUUGACCCAGCCUUUGAUCCUCCUGACGUCCCGUUCAGUUCCAUGAACUUCUCGUAUGCCAAAGAACCCAUCCAAACUUGGUCAGGCCCGUUGGCUGACCCUACUGGUGUCGGGGCCUCAAGAAGGAAGUCAAAGCAGUCCAAGAAAAGUUCUGUACUGAAUUAAUCAACUCGGAGUCACCUCACAAGAUACGGCACAAGCUCUUUUCCCGGUAUGUGCCUCUAUUUGCAUCUCUUUCCCCGGCCGGAUAGUCUGCAAUUCUUUGAGAGAAAAAUUUGUCCCACAUUUCUUGUUUCUGUAUAUUUUUUUGGGAUCAUGAGAAUAUUUACAGUUCUGUAUAUACUGAAAAGUUUCCCCUUUCCAUUGGAACAUACAGUAAUCUUGAUCUAUGAGAGUAUUUCAAUUUCAAUGUCAA